UUCCCAAGUCUCAAGUACUGAUGACUAAAAUUAAGUCCCCUGUUAAGGGCAGGGUAGCUGACACCAGUGGCGAAAGACCGUUAGGUUUACACCUGCAUUUCAAACAAAAGCUCCCGGGAAAGUCCAUCUAACAGAGUACAAACAACGACAUUAAUCUUUCGAGGACUCGGUGAUAGAGAUAGAGGGAGCUGCAGAAAGGAAGAAAUUAAGGGAUUCUUCAUCCAUGGGGUGUGGUGAUGUUACUCCAUCAUCUUCGCCACCAACACCACCAUCACCUCUUCCCAUAAGUGUUGGACCUGGAAAUCGAAAGUACAAUUUCUCCUGCUCCUCCUCUCCUUCACCACCCUUUUCCCCUCCUCUUUCUAGCCACACAUCUGCUGAAAACCUCCCUCUCUUGCCUCAAAGGUUGGCUAGUACUAAACGGGUGCCUUCAGCAUUUUCAUUGGAACGACCGGAUCCUGAUCCAUUGGAUUCUAAGAGCUCUUGCCUUGAAGACUUGCUAGAAUGGUUUGUGCAGAGAUGCUGUAAUUUUUGUUCCAAGUUUGUUUGAACCCAUCAUCUCAUGCCUUACAUAUGCUGCAACCUCUACUUCUCCACCAUUGUCCUGGAGAAUUUGAGGCAAUUAUUUCUACUAACUGCAUUCUGACUGGAUUCGAAGUCUUGAAUAAUCAUUUUACAGGGGAAAACAGGUGCAUCAAUCAGAUGUCACGAUAUUUUCUCACAGCUUUGAUUCCAGCACCGAACCACAGUUUCCUUAUCUUUUCUCAGCUUACAUAUUACAAUGAACAAGAGAAGGGCCAUGUCCUGUUAAGCUUAACUCUCAUUUUCAGUCAUCUGUAAUGUAAGUACACGGUUGUGAGUUUCAUUCAAACAUGUAAUCUUAUCAAA